GUUUAACUCGGCGCCUGGCUGAUGGCUGCAGAUGGGUCCUACCUGUCUGCAAGGGGGAUACGGAUCCCAGCCUUGGAGCUGGCGGGGCUCAUUGAGAGGACUUUAUCCUGGCAUCCCUUUGGGGACAGUGUGUGACACUGAGGGGUGACAGUCACUAAUUAGUGAUCAGGGGUAAGUAAUACAACAUGCGGAGAUGACAUCACAGCACUACAACCACAGGAGGAACUCACAGCAGCUCUCCAGCUGCUUCCUGUGCCCACUGCAGUCUCGCUGUCCCCAAGCUGAUCCUGCCUCAUGGCACCAGUGGCGCUGACCCUCAUCCUGGGUGAGUGACAAUGGGGACGUGGUGCCACGGGGGUUGGUGGCCCUGUGAGAGACCAGGACUGUGUCCCUUGCAGGUUGGUGCCUGAUGGCAGCCAGCAGGGAACAGCACCAGCUCCGACCCUCCCUGUGCCUGCACCCCAACCAGGGGGUGUCCCUGGGAGACAAUGUCACCCUACAGUGCCACUUGCCCCAGCUGGCUGCCCGGGUCAUGCUCUACCAGAACAGACGCUGGAGAACCGAGAAGGAGAACGAGAAGAGGCAGCCCACAGUGGAGUUCUCCUUUCUUUACACAAAGUGGACAGACAUGGGGGUUUACUGGUGCCAAUACCAGGUGUUGGAUCCACCCAAAACAUCAGAGAAGAGUAACCCCGUGGAGCUGGUAGCGACAGAUCACAUGUAUCCACCACCUGGCAUUUCCCUGAGCCCUGAGGAACAUGUGGAGAUGGGGACCAAUGUCACCAUCCACUGCUGGAACCAUGGCACCUUCUUCCUGCACAAGGAUGGGCACUCAGCCCCUGUCCAGUGCCAGGACCCCAAAGGUGGGGGCACAGCCACCUUCAUCCUCUUUGGGGUGACCCCAGCCGACGCUGGCACCUAUCGGUGCUCCUACCGCCCCGGGGGCUCCUACUUUCUGUCCUCAUCCCUUGGGGACAACGUGACACUGAAGGUGACACCCGCAACUACACCCCCAGGUGCUGAGAGGAUGUCCCGUGGGAACCUGGUGGUGGCAGUGGUGAGGGGCUGCGCUGCCGCCCUCGUCUUUGGCCUGGGCCUCUACUUCAUCCUCGAUGCCCGCAGCUUCUGGAUACGGAGAGAUGAGAGCCCUUGUGGGGAAGGCGCUUGAAUUAUUUUGAUACCCAACAGAGUACCUUUCGAUCCCCCCAAGUGUCUACUGCUUCCUCUUUGAUAUCGUCUAUACCCCCAGUCUCUCAAUCCCCCUUUCCAUCCUCUACACAUCCCC